UGGUUUUUUUUUAAAGUUUCAAUGUCCAUUUUACUUUUUAAGUUGUUUAAUGUACUGAUUGAUGCACAUUUCUCUGUAGACACGAUAUGCUUCUAUUCUAGAAAGCAGGCCGGUGUCGGUUACACAAACAGGGGAUAGAGACGAGCCCUUGGAAUGGUGGUUGUCAGCAACCGGAGUUCCCGAAGGCAAAAAGCCUAAGAAGGACUACCUUGUUGGAUUCCCCGAGGCUCGUGCUAGUCAACUUAUUCCGACUCUCGCCUCACGUUACAGGGAUUCAACAAGAGGCGAAGCCGGUGGAUCUUCCGGUCAGAGACAAGAAGCCGUCAUUCCCGACAAUGUGUACCUCUCGGUCGUGCGCAAUGUGCUCAAUGAGGUCCGUGCGAACCCCCUUCAAUUUCAGCGACAAAUGUCUGAAGAAGAGAUCGCGAAUUUUGCAAAAACCGCACUAGAGGCCUCCGAUCCAGCUGCCGAUCCAAGUACAAGGGUUCAAUGGAAUUCUAUGAUUGGUGGGGAGAUGGUACACAUUGUGGGGUCGAUGGUCGAGGAUAUACUCCUCAAAAUGGAAAGGAAGGUUGAAGAGGAAAAGGAACGCAGACUCGCAGCGGAGAAGGAUUAUACUGAUCCAGAGGAGCUGUCGGAGGAGGAACGCGGGGGACCCGAAGCCGGUGCUGAUGCGGGUGCCAAUGCUAGUGCUGCUUCGGGAGCGGAUGCUAGUGCUGCUUCCGGAGCGGGUGCUACUGCCGCUGCGGAUGGAGCUGCUUCCGAUUCAGAUGUUACAUUAGAUUAGUUUGGCUUUUGAAUAUUUGUGUUUUGAAUAUUGUGUUUAAGUUGGAUUUGGAAUUUGGUUAAUGCUUGUGAAGGGCUUUUGGUUUGCCCUUGUAGACAAUUAUAAGUUUGAUGUUUGGGAUUGUAGUUAUGGUACAUUUUGUUGUUAUAUAU